GAUGGAGCAGAAGUAAUUACUAUUUACUAACUAGCGAAGCAGGUAGAGGGAGAGGAAGAGCGAGAGAAGAUGAAGAUGUCAGUGUCAUUGUCAAUGUCAAUGCUGUAUCUGUCUCUCUUCCUCCUCGUCGGAAUGUUACCGCCGUCUGAUGCCGUUGAUGACAAAUGUGCCGCCUGCAAAGCUGUAGCGGAGGAGCUAGAGAUUGGGCUUUCCAGUGAGAGGCCUCGGAAUCAUCUGGAUAUGCGCCAUCGUUUGGAUUCCAAGGGACAGCGUGAAGGAAAGCUGAUCGAUUACAGAGUUAGCGAGCUAAGAGUAGUUGAACUUCUUGAUGAUCUUUGCGAAAAGAUGCAAGAUUAUACACUCAAGAUAGAUACACAUGAAUGGUUCAAAGUGGAUAACUGGGAUAGCCUCACAACAAAUAAGCAGGAAGGUCGGGCAUAUUCAAAAGAUAUAUCUUCUUAUUGUGGAAGAUUACUUGAAGAAACAGAGGAUGAGUUGGCUGAAUUGAUCAAGAAAGGAUCUGUUAAAAUGGGAGAUGUGAGCAAAGUUCUUUGUCAAGAUUUGAGCAAACAUUGCAGUCAAACAAGUGUAUCACAUGAGGCCGAGGUCGAUGAUGAUGGAGAUAAUGGAGAGCUCUAGAACCAUGGAUAUUGGGGUGGCUGGAAAUAUCACCUUAAAAUUUGACAGAAUGCAUCCCAAAACUGGUGUUGGAAUGACCUUUUUUCUCAUUACAAAAGAAGACUCUUUUAGCAAUGUGGUGGAUCGGAUUCUCAUUGAGUGCUGAUUUUAACUUAAGGGGUGUGCCCUGCAUUCCAAUAUUUUUAAAAAAAAUACUUAGUACCUCAGAGAGAGAGAGAUUGCGUCUACAGUUAAAACAAUAGAUACAUAGCCAAUAUUCUUCAAACUGUUAUAAAACAUUACAGAAGUGCCUGAGAAAUUUACGACCAGUAUUUUUACGCUCAGCCUACAAUUAUUCAACCCUUUUUAUAAUGUCUUUUUGAGAGUUUUUGGGAGGGCUUUAUCAUUUAUAUGUUAAAUGUUACCACCAGCCUAUAACUUUGACGUAGACUAUAAAUUUAUUAUAUUUGCUCGGCUAUAUUUUGAAAAU